AGAAUAAGAAGGAGAAUAAGAGGAGGGAGAGAAAGAAGAAACAGGGGGAGGGCUGGGGGGUGGUGGGGCGGGUGUGAGGGUGCAAGAGGAACCCCAAACUGGGACUGUAGGAGGGAAAGUACCCACGGAGACCCUCAGGGAAUGGGAUGACCCCAAGUUUGACUUCAAACACACACACAGACACUUAACGAUCCAAUGAUGUAGCCUGACGUCAUCCUCAGCCUGGUAUCCAAGCUGAUUGGACAGACAUGGGAAGACGGGCUGCUGAUCCGACCACUCCUGUGCCAGUGCUGGGAGUUCCCGCCCUGGUCGGGGUACGAGGAUGGAGAACAGCUGGGGGUGAGAGGGCCGGGGCUGUGGCCCAACUGACAUGGAGCCAGUGCAGCAUAGGGGUGCAGACAUCCCCCGCCAUCCGUAUCCUCAAAUCGCAGCUGGAUCCGAAACACCCGGAUGCACUCACCAGCCAACCAAAAUGCAGGGCGUCCAAAUUGACCAAUGGGAGCAGCUUGCAAGUGGAAACGACAGACGAGGAGUACAAACAGGGUGUGCUGAAAACCAAUAAAUGGGCCUCACUAAAACACAGGGGAAACGACGGCAAGUCCAAAAAGGGGGUGACUUUUGAAGGGCUGAAUGACUCUGCUGAGGAUGGUAUGGAUAGAGUCUCCAAACGAGAGGUGCAGUACUAUGCAACGGCAAUCAAGACAAACCCAUACCUGCCUGGUGGGACUGUGAGUGGGCGGGCCCUUGGGAAACGGGAGCAGCGAUACACCAAUGGCAGCGUAGUCGACUCGGAGCUCAUAGGCGGCAUCUGCAGCGUCGGAGAUGGGGAGAGGGACUCUGCUCCUGAGCAGCAAGCGACCAGGAUAAGGGUACCUGCUGUGGUGCAUUCUGGGAAAAGGAGGACACCGCCUGGUCCACCGCCCAGCAGGGCACCGCCCCGGAUCUGUCAGCAGUGUGGAGGGAGACAGGCACCGUCUCCUCAGGUCGACCUCGACCCAGUUAAGGACCUGAUAUCCCCUACAUUACUGUCCCCGACUGAAAGAGAGAUUUGGAGCCCUCUCACCCCUUCCCCAGGCAUCAACUCAGCGCCACCAAGGCAAAUCACCAGGGAGCUCACUUUCCCACUCACACACAAGGAUCCCACACUUACUCCCUUCCCUCUCCACCCCAUCAUAAAAAUAAACAAAGACGGCAGGCCUGACACGCAGGUCACGCGGCCAUCCACACUGGAGCAGGAGACCAGAGUAACCAGGGUGUACCCCAUCUUUGCUCCUCAGAGGGACACCAUCAUCCCCCUGCCCGCGCACGCGCCUCCGGUCUGUCCUGUCCGCGCCACGUCUCCACCUUCCGUCUCUUCGCCUCCGCUGAAACCAAUGAUGACAGUCACCGUCACUCAGGAGACGAAGGCUAACUUCACCCCUCGUCACAGUCUGGCAAGACCCAACACUCUUGUGCUUCCGACUCCCCAAAACACACAUGCAUCCAUCUCUCGUAGCAGCAGCAGCACACACACCACCAGCAAACCUCAGCAGACAAUCGCUUUAACCGGCCCGCAGGCGAGCCAACACGUGAGCCCACCAAAGACGCCGAAGCCGUCUGCUAGCGCUGGCCUGAAAUGCAUGCCCAGUCAACAGACAGACACAGAGACGGUCACCAGCAAAAUGCCACCCGCGUACAGCAACACACACCCCAAGAUCAGCGCUAAGCCAAACACACGCAAUGACGCCCUUCCUGCCACAAUGCCGCUCACAUUCACAUCCAUGGCACAUCAAAACGCCUCGCGUCCCCCCUGCUUGCGAAAUGAGAAACGCCCGUGCACCCCGUACGUAAGAAAACGAAAACUCGGGUCCAUUUCCGACCACUCCACACACAGCCCGUCCACUGUCCCAGAAACCUGCCCCUCUCGAGAAAACACAGUGGCAAAUGUGAAGACACACAGUAGAAAUGAACAACCUUGUGCAGCUUCUAAAAUUGCUAGUAGACAAAGCCUCCCCGUAAAGGACCCUUUGAUCCCGAGAUCCGUCGACACAUCUCCAGCAAUUCCUCUGACGCACCCUGGCAUCCAUUCUGAGCCUGUCACAGUGAAUGGGACAAACACUGACUUCAAACACAGCACAAGCACUUGUAAGUACCUACACGCUCACUGCAAACCCUCGCCCCGGCCAGAAACAUGCCACAAACCCAUCCUCAAGAUUAAAGGGGGCAAAAGCAUUCUCUGCCCACCCACCACACCACCUCCACCACACCGGCCCGUGGCAGCCGUACCGCUAACACAUUGCAAUAACCUAUAUGCUCAGCUUGCACAAAAGCCCCAGCCUUGCACUACUACAAGCACAAAGCAGAGACUCACCGAACCUAACCCUGACUUUACACAGAAUGGACAGUUCACCGCAGAGGCAGCUGUGGAGCUGGAAUCAUCUUUGGUGGGCAAACAAACUGAACCCAGCAUGCUAGCUUCGUCUCCUAUAGAGCACUGUCACAUAGGUGAAAAUGCGUCCCAAACUGAACUGGGAUCAGAUUGUGCGUCUGGCACCCCACCGAUGCCGAAUGGCGUGUUGACAAACGGCCGCAGCGUGCCGACAAGCUCGCACUCUCACCCAGAGAAUGGUACCCUGCUCGUGCCAUCCUUCCCACGAUGCACUGGGGCGGAGGACCCUCAGCGGAGCCUGCUGAGUGUGGAGGCCAGUGUGCAGGCCAACCAGGAGCGGAUUACAAACCUGCUCAACAUCAUCCAGGACCUGGAGAUGAACCAGGCCCUCAGCAGAGGUGUGGAGUAUGACUUCAGGCACCAAGAGAAGCAUUUCAAAGACUUCCUCCAGCUCUCCGAUGACACCUACUACCCCUCUCCUCCCACGUUUUUGCCUCCCAUCCCAGACGAAAGUGACGAUGCUUCCCCGCCAACUUUUCUACUGCCCGUCACGAUCCCCACCUCCGUCCUCUCAUCCCCCGGUACUGAGGAGAGGGUUGCGCUGAAGCCCAGGGCCAAGACUAAAAAAUUCUGCAAGAAGCUUUUCUCAUGGCUGCCCAAGAAAAUUAAACAGAAGUAG